GAAUGUCGGUGAUACCAACACACACAUACCCUCGGAUACACGCACCUGCCGCAACAGGAAAAAACUAGUACAUCUUUCCCUUAGAUUCUACACGUUCCAAGGGUUUGACCUCUGACCACACCAUGGUGGGCAAAAUCUUGGAAGCAACAGCUCUGCAUUAUGGGACUAGGUAGAAGAAGUGAAGACAAAAUAUGUGAGACUGGCCUUAAGGGAUUGCGAAACACCUGUGUCCAUCAUUUCUCAAUAUUGCUAGAACAAUGAGUCAGUUGACAAUUUGGUGAAAACAUUCAAUUCUAAAUUCUUUGCACUAAAUUCUGACUAAGAAUGAUCUCCGCACAUAUUCUGCUAGAGGAAGACUCAUUAUUUACCCGGCUGUCAGUUGUAUAAGCGACUAUGAGUGAGAAAGACCUUGGGACUUCAACAGACACCACCUAGAAUCAAGCAAAGAGGCUGUCCCAGUUUGUUAGGUGUUGUGGGAAACAGGGUAAAAUCUCCCUUUACAGCCUGGCCCUCCAGGACUGGUGUCAUUGCUAAUGUAAUGUUUGUCAUGGCAAGUGUGACUACUGCGGAGGAGUCGGCAAGCGACUGUACCACACCAGAAGUAAAUCCACUGCCAUUUGAACCCUCUACAACCUCCUCAAAUGACCCUAGUCAUGGACAUGACAGCACUUCCUGCCCUCCAGCAGUACCUCCACCACCGCCUCCACCUCCUCCACCACCACCUCAGGCUCCAGGCCAUCCUCAUGCUUCACGCAAGAAACGACGGGUAAGGAGCUUCUUCUGGAAAACUAUUCCUGAAGAGAAGGUUCGGGGAAAACCGAAUAUUUGGACUCUAGCAGUGAGACAGCAACAGUAUCAAAUUGACGUGAGGACAGUGGAGGAGCUCUUCGGCCAGCAAGAGGAGGUUCGAACCCAGGCAAGCAGUGGACAUCCUCGUGCUGGAAGAUCCAGAGGUUCAUUUAAAGAGAGCAAGGAUGAGAUCAGCAUCUUAGACUCCAAGAGAGGAAUGAACAUUGGAAUUUUCCUCAAACAGUUCAAGAAGUCCAAUCAUGCAAUAGUAGAAGACAUUCGUCUGGGCAACAGUAAGCAAUAUGGAGCUGAACCGCUGAAAGAACUUCUCAAACUUCUACCUGAAGCAGAGGAGGUGAAGAGAUUGAAGGAAUUCAAAGGAGACCCAAAUAAGCUGACACUGGUUGAUUCCUUCAUGUUCCUGCUGAUUCAAGUGCCACGCUUUGAGGUGCGUAUUGAAGCCAUGGUACUUCAGGAAGAGUUCCAUCCAUCCUGUACAGUCAUGAGUCGUGAUAUUAACAUUGUGCGUCAGGCUACUGAAGAACUAAUGACUUGUGAAGAACUCCAUGCCAUUCUACAUUUGGUUCUCCAAGCAGGAAAUAUCAUGAAUGCAGGUGGCUAUGCAGGCAAUGCUGUGGGCUUCAAACUGUCUUCACUUCUCUCUCUGGCUGACACGAAGGCCAACAAGCCUGGCAUGAACCUGCUUCAUUUUGUGGCACUAGAAGCACAGAAAAAGGAUGAGGCCCUUUUGAAGUUCCCAGAGAAGCUAACGCAUGUUCAGAGUGCAGUCAGAAUUUCAGUAGAAAAUAUAGAAGGAGAGUUUUCCUCUCUGUAUGUCAAAACGCGUUCCUUGGAACAGAAAAUUCAGGAUGACGUUGAGCUGCAAAAGCAGCUAGAUCCUUUUUUGCAGAGCUCUACACAGGCCCUGCAGGACCUUAAACAUCGCAGGCUGGACUUGCGCAAAGAGGGUAAUACCCUCAUUGACUUCUUCUGUGAAGACAAAGACACCUUCAAACUGGAUGAGUGCUUUAGAAUUUUCCAAGAUUUCUGCCUAAAGUUCAAAAAAGCUGUAAAGCACAACUGGGACAGAGAACUAAAGGAGGAAGCUAGACAGCGUCGCUUACGGGAACUGGAGGAGAGACGGUGUGCCUGGGGUGCAGCCAAUACUGAGGCAGGUGGUUUUGGUCGCAGCAGCAGUGAAAAUGAUGUUGACAUCCUAACCAAAGAAGGCCUCCUGGACUUCCUGCUUCAAUCGAGACCUCAAAGCCCCCACAGUCCUUUGGGGCGCUCAGCUAGUGCCCGACGUUACCAUCACACAGAGCUGAUAUCUGGGUCUUCAGCAAGUGACUAUACAAAAUUCAGCAGCCUGCCACGUUCAAGCAGGAACCAUCAACGAAAGACCAUGCCAUGGCUUGUCUUACAGGAUGAUAAUAGGGAGUUGGGUCCACAGAGUCAGGAUUGCCAAGAGAAGCUGGCAACUUCACCAAGGGCUGAGACUGAACCCAUCAGUCCUUUAGCUAGAUACUCAAGUUUUGGCUACAACAUGAACAAUGAUCCCUACAAUAAUAAUAAUUACACUUCUCUCUCUGAAGGUGGAGUUACACCUCAAUUAAGUAAUGCAAAGCAUGUCUUUCAGGGGACAUCUGGUCAAAGUGUUGGACACAUGAGUGUUUCUGUGGAGAAACACAAACUAGUUACUGGCCUUCAACCCUUUGAGAUAACCAGCCAGAUCAAUAAUAACAGUCAUGUUUUUGUGGACAACCAGCAUGAAGUGUUUGUAACAGAUCUGGAAAGGGAAGAAGACUCUCCUAAAGCAUUUAUCCUUGAUACACCCCCAUCUAGCAGGAGUUCUGAGGAACCAGAAAAAGUUUGGAAUGACAAAAGGAUCUCAUCACAGAGGGAGGAAGCAGACACAAGUACCUUUUCCUCAACAACUUGUGACACCCCAUUGCCCCUGGAUCCCUCUUUGUCCAGUAAGAAACCUGUGUUGUAUGUCAUGGACUGCACUGAAACCGAUUGUUCCAUUGUGUUGGACUGUUCUGAGAUAGAGAGUUCUCCUAUCAUAAAAGAAAGAUCUGAACUUAACCCAAAGUCACAGGAUGCCAACUUUCCAAGAGUUAUUCAGGACACCAAUUCCCUUUCCUCCAAUUUUGAGUCCACCGAUUGUCACAUUGUGUCCACGUCAAGUGAUGAACCACUUGCCAGAAGGGUCACUCAAGCAUGUCCAGAAUCAGUCAGUCCAUUUGUAACUACUGAAGAAGCAGAGACAGAUAGCUGUGACACAGCUGAAGGGCGAAGAGUUGGCGAGAAAGCAGUCCAGACCAGUAGCCCCAAAACAAAACUUGUCAAAACCAAGACAACAUCCAAAGUAAUUGCUCAUGCCAGCCGUCCAACAAGAACCCUCGCAGCAACUGAGACUCAGAACAUGCGCAAAGUGGUGCCCAUUACAAGGCAGAAUCGCUCUAGUAGCAGCAUGAAGAAAGUUGAAAAACCUUCUGGACAUGAGAACAUUGAACCCAGACAUCCACAUCGUGACCAAAGCAUGCCAGCCAGGAGAGGCGAGAGGCAAGGUAGACCUGCGCGACAUUCAAGCCUCCCUCCAGAGGAUCCCAGGGCACAACGAGGAGCGACACCAAGCAGCUCUCGGUGGGCAAGGGACUCGACUCAACACAGAUCCUCCAUCAAGAAAACAAAUCCUAAACCUGUUCGUAACAUUUCAAAACCAGCACCAGAGGAAAAGAUGUGUCGUUCUACAAUGCGUGCCUUGGCCCAAGCUCAGGCCCAAGGAACCUCAGAAGUAGGUACACCUGACAGUCCCAACAACACCCUGAAAAGUUCUUCGUCUUUGCCUAGCUUUGCUCGCAACACUGUGGCCUCUUCUUCCAGAUCUAAAAAAGACAUGCCCUCACCAGCUGUAACAGGAACACCAUCAAAGAGCUUAGCCAGAGCUAGCUCUCAGAGAUUGCCUGGUGGUGGAACGGACUCUGUCAGUAGCGGACCUUUGCCAAGGAGCGAGGAUAAACUAGGGGGGUCUAUUAGGAGGGUUCAGAGUGUAAGGGCUUCUAGUCGAAGCAGUGACACACCUCCCCCGCAGUCUGGACGAGAGCACUCCCUUAAAAGUAGCAGUUUCUCGGAGAGUUCCACACAGAUUAGAGACUCCAUCUCUAACAGGACCAACAAACCCACAUGGAAGUAGAGUGGACAUAUUACACUGUGGCUCUAAAAGCAACGUUAAACAUGGAUGAACGAAAUUUUCUGCAUAUACUGAAAUUACUAGAGGCACAAAAGCCUCUUAAAUUGUUCUGAAUGUAUCUACAGCCUUUAAAAUGUAGCUAAAGUUGUCGCUGGAUGCUCAGUAAGAGCUUCAAGAAUAACAUGAGCUACUGUCACCAUUUGACAGCACAUUUAGUAGCACUUCCACAUCCACACAAGGAUGGUUUUGAUGGCCUUUUUUACAUGUAGCUGACACAUUAUCAACCGUCACAGAAAACACAUCAAUCACGAAUUGUAAUAGUGUUAGAUUAACCCUAUAUUUUAUAAUCUAUAUUAGUUCUACAAAGAUCCUGUGAGCUGUUCUUACAAAUUGCUGGGAACAAGUAAAAUAGAAGACAAUUUGUCAUAUAUACAUAUGCUUGCUUUGUUAUUUUAUAUAAUGUGUAGUAAAUGUAAAUGUAGUACUGUUUACUAGGGUAAUAUUUCCAUUAAAACAGCUUCAUGAACACUCAAAGAUUCAUCCACAUUUCACAUGUGCAUGAUGACAAAUCAAGCUGAAGACUGUUUGAUGAAUGUCUAUAAAUGUUAUCCAAAUACACCUUAGUGUAGCUGAUGCAAUGAGUACUACAGCUAGUAGUUCGAAGAUGCCUCUCCAGUGAUGUUUUUGGAUAUGUUCAAAAUCUUUGCUGCCGAGUUGCUUGUUUUCAAUUUGCCUUUUUUGCAGAGUACAUGCUGCUGUACACUGUCUUGCUGCUGAUGACACUGUAUUUGUGACUUUUCUGUGAAUAAACUGCUAGUUCUUUCUUUUUAAAGCCAUACUGUUAACCGGGAGUGGCAAAACCUGGUGCUAGAGGAAAGGCUUAGACUUUUGAGAAAGCACAUACACUGUAUGCAUCAAAUAUUCUCAUAGUAUCUGCUUGAAAUUAAGCUGACAGGUAGUCAACAAAAGUAUGUGUUGCUCAAAACUAACAAAUCAGUGUUUGAAUAAGUGGCAACACUUUACAAUAAGGUUCUAA